AUGUCUACGACAGCGACGGCCACGGCCACGGCGACGGAGACCCCGGCGGUGAAAGCUGGAUAUGGCGACGACCGUGACCGGCCACUUCCAGAAGUGACGGUGUUUGACAAGGCCACCGCGACCCCCGAAGCGGUGGUGGCGGCGUUGAUCCAGGCGGGCGGCUGCAUCAUCCGGAAUCUCGUGGGCGCCGAAGAGUUGGCCGUGAUCGAGAAGGAUACGCGGCCCUACCUGGAAGUCGACGGCACCUGGGACGGCACCUUCUUCCCCAAGGAGACGCACCGCGUGUCGGGGCUGGCGGAAAAGUCGACGGCGUACAUGGAAAGCAUCGUGGGCAACAAACUCUACCAGGACGUGUGCAAGGUGAUGCUGAGCAGCACCAUCACCUCCUGGCUCGGUGACGAGCAGAAAGUCAGCACGUCGACCCCUCAGGUCAACACCACCUUUGUGCUGUCCGUCGGGCCCGGGGCGCGAGCGCAGGGCCUACAUCGUGACAGCAUGAUCCACCACGUUCAGGUACAGAGGAUGACGGCCGACGAAUACCAGAUCGGCCAGGACCCGGAAAUCGGCAUCUUUGUGGCGGGCAAGAAGACCACCCGGCAAAACGGCGCCACGCGCUUCAUUCCAGGCUCGCAUCUUUGGGGCCCCGACACUCCUCCGGACGAGAGUCUGGCCUACUACGCCGAACUCGAGCCGGGCGACUCGUUCUUCAUGAUGGCGGCGUGCCUUCACGGCGGCUCGGCCAACACCACGCCGGAUGAGGAGCGGUUGGUCUACUGCGCCUUCAUGACGAAGGGAUUCCUACGCCAGGAGGAGAACCAGUAUUUGACCAACGACAAGGAAAAGAUCAAGAAGCUUCAAAGCCCGGAGAUGCUGAAGCUGCUGGGAUACGAUCUCAGCCGGCCCUUCUUGGGCUGGAUUCAGACUGGGCAUCCCAUGACUGCGUUGGAGGGGCCGGGACCGGCACAGAAGGGCCCCGUCACCAAGACGGAUUACUAUUGA